CAUGUCCGACAAGUGCUUGUUAAAGGUUUGCCAAUAUUUAGACCUGAGGAGUCAAUGUAAUUUGGCAUUAACGUGUCAACGAUUCAAACGUAUUUACAAAAUGGAACAUAAGAGGAGUUUUCGAUGUUUUAAUUGGAUCGAAGUCUUUAACAAUUGGUCGGAGCCUGAGAUUAACACCUUCUUUAAGCUAAGUGGCCGCAAAAUAAAGAUGAUGACGAUGUUCAGUUUUGAUCACGAAUUGCUUAACAAAGAAAUUCACAUGAUAAACGCAUGUAUUUAUCUGAAGAAUCUACAGUGUCUAGUAAUAAGUGUCGACUAUGAUAUGUCCGGGAUAAUAACUGAAAUUUGCAAACACUUGAAAAACUUGCAGAAUCUCACUAUUGAUAGUACCGAUCAUGCGAACUAUGAAUCAUUGGUGAAGCUACCCCGACUGAAUAGUUUGGAUAUUCAAAUUUUUGUAAAAUCGAACGAUAGAUUAUUCGAAAGGCUUGCUAAAUUGCGGCCUGACUCCUUGAAGUAUCUACGAAUUGGUUCGGAACUGACUGUUAAGCUUGGCUGGCACGUUGCCUACUUACGUGGUCUCGAGAUGCUGAAUAUCUGUAAUCCGAAUCGUCAUUUCAUCAAUUGCGUUGUGCUUCGAUUGUCGAAACUGAGAGUUCUUAGCUUAACAAACGCUCGACAACUGCAAGAAAAUGAUUUGAAACAGCUUUUGAUUCAUAUGAAGCUUCUUACAUCGCUAUACGUUUGCAAUUGCAUGGGUUUGAAUAACGAUUUCGUAUUCUUUCUCAUCCAAUACUUAAAACAGGAAGCCAAGAAGUCUUCUGUUCGGCGCCUGCCGUUUUGCUUGGGGCUUGUCAAUACUGCCGUAUCGAAUAACAUAAAUGAGAUUGAAUACGUAGCAACAUCAUUUUCGCUACUGAAAUUAAAUGUAGCUAAUAUGUUUAUUUAAAUUAUUAGCGCCUUAUCGAUAAGCCAAUGAGCAUAAAAGGCAGAUAAUUAUUGCAUUUAAGCGAUGUGGCAACUCUCGAAUUGAUUAAAACAGCUGAUUAUUGACUUAAUAUCAUCGGGAGCGUGGCCAUUAUUGCAGAAUUUUAUUUUGUUAUUAUUUAAUAAAUAUAUUUUGUACGUUAUUAAUUUAAUUGAAAACGGCGAUAGUUAUUGAAACGGGCUUAGCCACUUUUGCCUUGGUGUUUUGUUUGUCCACAGAAUCCAUUGCAAAAGCAGCUUCGCUUGAGAAGCCGGCUAACUAACUACAUACAUACAUAUAUUGCAAUAGCAACAACAUAAUAAAAACGUGUUAUGCAGAUUCAUGCUCCAAUAAUUAUUGUGUAAAGUGCAGUAAAUACACGAGCUUAGCAAAAGAACUGGCGAACCAUUUCUUAGAUUGGGUUUUCUAGCUUAAUCAAUGUGGCACUUCCAAUGAAAAAUCAAUUUGAAAUCGUUGGAUGUUCUCAGUAUUGGUUAUUGGCGAGAAGAACUCAAACACAGCUAUAAGAAAAACCAAAAUCAAAGCAAAUCAAAAAACAAUAGCAUACAAACGUAAUUUUAAGUAAUACAUAUACAUACUCUAAUACAUACCCAUAACGAUAACCAUACACAUAAAAUGGCUGAGGCUAAUCUGAUAGCUGAGGCGGCACGCACAGAGCGCGCUGCAUCUCCGACGACAGUCCGGGAACGCAAGCGUCCACGUCUCGAAGAGCAAGAAGAGCAAGAGCUUAAAGUAGCUGGCUUUUCGCUAAGUGCCAUUGAGGAAAUGCGUCAAACCCGCGACGCCGAGCUGCUGUCGGAGCCCAUUGAUCAGCAGCUACGUCAGUUUCAGGUGCUCGAUGAGGUGGCCACCGCCAGUGAGGAGGAUGAGUCAGAUGACAACAGCGAAAAGCAGAAUGGCGAAAAUUAUGCUGACGAUGAGGAAGGCGAUGCCGAGGCCGGAGACUAUGAUUCCUCAGACUUUGACGAUGAGGAAAUUGAGAAUCUGCUGGACGAAAAGUUGCCCGACGAUCUGCGCGAGUCAAAAAGACCGAAAUACGAGCAGCGUUUUAAGACAGUACUGGAAGAGAAGCGCCACAACCACUUUGAGGUACUGCCAGAGGGUUGGGUACAGGUGACACACAACAGUGGCAUGCCCCUAUUUCUUCACCGUAAGACGCGAGUCUGUUGUGCCGCUCGACCCUAUUUUUUGGGCACGGGUAGUGCACGUAAACAUGCUGUGCCGCUGGGAGCCAUUCCCUGUUUGAACUACAGACGCGCCCUGGAUGAAGAAAAGGAGGCAGAGCAACAGCUCACGACUGAGAAGACGCCGCCAGAGAAUAAGGAUGAAACACCAGCUGGCGUUUGUCCUUUUGCAAAUACUACAGCACAACCCAUGGAGAUCGAAAGUACAGAGAACAAAGACGCCCCUAGCACUGAUCCCAAAACAGGCGAUGGAGCUGAAGCCACUGAAGCCUUGCAAGCUUUGAUUCCGGCAGCUAAAAUUGUUACGGUCAACGAAAACACCCAAAAGGAAUCUGUCACACCGGAUCAGCUAAACUCGUAUUGUCAGAAGCUAUUCAAGUUCAAGGUGAUUCGUGUGCUUCGUUUUCGAAGCUGGAACGCACGUCGCAAGUUUACCAAGAAUCGCAAGCACAUCAAGAAUAUACAGCGGCCAACCCUUCCCGACGGCACCAAGCUCAUUAAGUUUCCCAUUCUAGCGGCUGGCGGUGCGGAGGGUGCGACAAAUCCGCGUGGUCGCAAAGAAUGGAUAAUGAAUCCCAAUGGCAAGAGCUUUGUUUGCAUAUUGCACGAAUAUGUGCAGCAUGCACUGAAGACACAACCAACAUAUGAGUUCAAGGAGUUGCAAAAUGCUGCCACGCCCUAUUCGGCAACAGUUUCAGUUAACAAUCUUAAAUAUGGUACGGGUUACGGCACCAGCAAGAAGCAGGCCAAAUCGGAGGCGGCACGGGAAACACUUGAGAUACUUAUACCGGAUGUUAAGGACAAAAUAACAGGCAACAAUAAGGAUCAAAAGAGCGGAAAUGCCAAGAAAACACAAAGUGAUCUGUCUGUGUUCGAUGACAUACGCAUCGAGGAUCCUCGCGUCACAGAGUUCUGCAACAAGACAACGGAACCCUCGCCAAAUGCCAUAUUGUUGACCUGCUUGCAACGUAACUACGGCAGCGAUGUCCAGAUCACCCAAGAGAUUAAUCGUACUGCAAACAACAAAAACGAAUUCACAAUGACCGUUGGAAAGCAUUCGGCCAAGGUCGUUUGCAAGAACAAACGCGAGGGCAAACAACUGGCAUCCCAGGCCAUUCUACAGAUACUGCACCCGCACAUUCAAACUUGGGGCUCACUAUUACGCCUGUAUGGCAACAAUUCGAUCAAAACAUUUAAGGAGAAGAAGCUGGAGGAACAAGAGAUUACAGUACUCCAGAGCAAGGCUGCAGUUAACCAACCAAACUAUGCCAUCCUCGACAAACUCAAGUCCGAGAUGCUCAAGCUGAGCGCCAAACAGGAGAGCGUACACACGAUGGGAACCUUUGUUCCGCCCAGCGACGUUGACUUGCCUACUUCAUCUGGCUCUAAUUUGAACAACGUCGAGUUGUAGUUAUAGGAACCCCAGUAUCGUCAUCAUCAUUAGCAACAUCUCUGUCAUUGAGUUUUCAGUUUACCAACUUACAUGACACAGUUACCCCCUGUGAUCCAUCAUAAUAUGACAAAUAUUGUUUUAAAUUGCACAGCGAUAUGGCUCUCUAGACAGGUCCCUGUGCGUGCAAUACAGUCUAAGAGUAAAUGCAUACAAUUAACGUAAUUAGACCCUGAACUUAAAAAAGUUUGUGAAAACAUUUUUGUGUAACAAGCAGAAGGAGGCGUGACAGACCUCAAAAUAUAUGUAUUCAUAUUAAGCAUCAACAUCGAUAUAUCCAUAUAGUCUGUCAGUCAAUCAUCCGAUUUGGAUAAUUCUUUUUCUUCUUUUUAAGGAUAUAAGAAGAGUAAGGGACUAAGCCCAAAUUUGCUUUAAUAUGUUGUGUAUAAUCUAGUAAAACUUAGAAAACAUGAUCAUAACAAAAAUUGUUUAGUUCUACGAAUCUUCGAGCUAAAAUUAAAUUACAGUAAUUUGCAUUUCUACAAAAUAAGUAUAGGGUGUCUCACAGUCGAACUCGCUCGACUGUAGCCUUACCAAAUAGUUCUAUAUUAAAAUUGCCAAUAUUUUGAACAACAAA